AUGGCCAAAAUCCCCACCACCCAAGUCUUCCAAAAGGGCUCCGUCUGGAUGUACUCCCCUUCCCUGCCACUCGCCAUCCUCUUUCUGAUCCUCUAUUUCUUCGCCUGUCUCUACAUCACCUACCUCACCUUUUACCGGUACAAGACCUGGUACAUGACCGUCUUCCCUCUUGGUGCUUUGCUGGAAGUGGCAGGCUACGCGGUGAGGAUAUACUCGGUCAAGAACCAGGGGAACAUUGCCGCCUUCAUAGCAACCCUCACCCUCCACGUCCUCGCCCCCCUCCUCUUUGCCGCAGGGAACUACCUCCUCCUCGGCCGGCUGAUCUCUCACUCCCUCCCCACCCGGCACACCCUCCUCAAGAUCCCCACCCGCUUCAUAACCCGCCUCUUCGUCGGGUUCGACAUCCUCGCCGCUGCGAUCCAGGGGUCUGGGACCUCCAUCGCCGCGUCGGCGAACUGGACUGGACUGAAGGCACUAUCUGGAGUUGACGUGCUUGUUGCUGGGCUGGCGGUGCAGGUUGCGGGAGUGGGGGUUUUUCUUUUGGUUCUGGGGAGGUUUACUUUUCUGGUGAAACAGCUGGGGAGCAAGGGGGGAGGUUGGGGCGGGUUGCUGGUGGCGGUUUGGGUGUCGAGUGGGUUGAUUUUCGUGAGUACUUCAAUUGACUGGAGAUGGUUGGUUGGGGAAAGGGAAGGAGGAUGCUAA